AUGGCCACCGAUAACGGCAGCAGCGACGUUGCAGACUCCCUCCUCCACGGCUACGGCCCAUCCGACGUAGCUCGCACAGGCAUCUUCGCCGCAUUAGCCUCGCUAGCCUGGUACAACGCCAUCGAGCUCAUCAUCCUCUGCUUUUUCUCCUUCAGACGCUGGAACGGCACAUACUUCUGGAGUCUGCUCAUUGCCUCCGGCUGCAUCAUCCCGUACUGCCUCGGGUUCGUCCUUCUUUUCUUCCCGACUGGUGUCACUCCCUGGCUAUGCGUGACCCUCGUCGUCCUGGGGUGGUACGGCGUGAUCACCGGCCAGUCGGUCGUGCUGUGGUCGCGGCUGCAUCUGGUGCUGCAGAACCGGAAGCUGCUGCGCGGUGUGCUGUGGAUGAUCUGUGUCGAUGCUAUGAUCUUCCAUAUCCCGACUACGGUUCUCUUGUACGGGACUGUUGCUUAUCCGACGAGUCGCUGGGCCCGCGCGUACGAUAUCAUGGAGCGCAUUCAGCUGGUCGGUUUCUGUAUCCAGGAAUUGAUCAUCUCCAGCGUCUAUGUCUGGGAAACGGUUAAGUUGCUUCGUCUCCGCCCCGAAGGUCGCCCACAGGGAAUUCUUAACCAAUUGCUGGUUAUCAAUAUUCUCAUUCUUGUGCUGGAUAUCUCGGUCGUCGCCAUCGAAUAUGUCGGUUACUAUGCUGUGCAGGUCUUGUUCAAGCCUGUCGCUUACAGUAUCAAGCUGAAGCUUGAAUAUGCUAUCCUUGGCAAAUUGAUCGCGGUUGCGCGCGGCGGCACGGACAGUCAGGAAAUGCACUCGAGUAUGCGGGAGAUCAACGAGACUGGCUCGUUUCCGUCGGAUAGGGAACGGACUCCGAAUUGGGAGUCGUCAAUGCGGGAUCAUCGCCAGUUCAGUCUGCCGUGGUUUUGGGAAGGGAGGAGCUCCGGUCAUCCCACAUCUAAUUCAUCUGGUGUUCUGCAGAAUCCAUGA